UCCUCCUUCUUCUUCCUGAGACAUGGCCCGGGCAGUGGCUCCUGGAAGAGGAACAAGUGUGGGAAAAGGGAGAGGAAAUCGGAGCUAAAUGACAGGAUGCAGGCGACUUGAGACACAAAAAGAGACGCGCUUCUCGCGGAUUCAGGCAUUGCCUCGCCGCUAGCCUUCCCCGCCAAGACCCGCUGAGGAUUUUAUGGCUCUUAGGCGGACUUAAGAGCGUUUCGGAUUGUUAAGAUUCCGGCUUGCUAGGCUUUCGUCCGCGCAAUCGUGUUCUCCCGCAGCUGCCUUGGGACUGGCUCGGCGAAGGAGGAUGGAGAGGGGGCUGCAGUUGCUGUGCGCCGCGCUCGCCCUUGCCCUCGCCCCGGCCGGCGCUUUCCGCAGCGAUAAAUGUGGCGGGACUAUAAAAAUUGAAAACCCGGGGUACCUUACAUCUCCCGGUUACCCGCAUUCUUAUCACCCAAGUGAGAAGUGUGAAUGGCUGAUCCAAGCUCCGGAGCCCUACCAGAGAAUCAUGAUCAACUUCAAUCCUCACUUCGAUUUGGAGGACAGAGACUGCAAGUAUGACUACGUGGAGGUGAUUGAUGGAGAGAAUGAUAGCGGUCGCCUGUGGGGCAAGUUCUGUGGGAAGAUCGCACCUUCUCCUGUGGUGUCUACAGGACCCUUCCUCUUCAUCAAAUUUGUCUCUGACUAUGAGACGCACGGGGCAGGGUUUUCCAUCCGUUAUGAAAUCUUCAAGCGAGGUCCCGAAUGUUCUCAGAACUAUACAGCACCUAGUGGAGUGAUAAAGUCCCCCGGGUUCCCUGAAAAAUACCCCAACGGCUUGGAGUGUACCUACAUCAUCUUUGCACCGAAGAUGUCUGAGAUUAUCUUGGAGUUUGAAAGUUUUGACCUGGAGCAAGACUCCAAUCCUCCUGGAGGAAUGUUCUGUCGCUACGACCGGCUAGAGAUCUGGGAUGGAUUCCCUGAAGUUGGCCCUCACAUUGGGCGCUACUGUGGGCAGAAAACCCCUGGUCGGAUCCGCUCCUCUUCGGGCAUUCUAUCCAUGGUCUUCUAUACGGACAGUGCAAUAGCAAAGGAAGGUUUCUCAGCCAACUACAGUGUGCUGCAGAGCAGCGUCUCUGAAGAUUUCAAGUGUAUGGAGGCUCUGGGCAUGGAAUCUGGAGAGAUCCACUCUGACCAAAUCACAGCAUCCUCACAGUAUGGCACCAACUGGUCUGUCGAGCGCUCCCGCCUGAACUACCCUGAAAAUGGCUGGACUCCAGGGCAGGACUCCUAUCGGGAGUGGAUCCAGGUGGACUUGGGCCUCCUGCGGUACGUCACUGCUGUCGGGACACAGGGUGCCAUUUCCAAGGAAACCAAGAAGAAAUAUUACGUCAAGACUUACCGAGUAGACAUCAGCUCCAACGGAGAGGACUGGAUCACCCUGAAAGAGGGAAAUAAGGCCAUGAUCUUUCAGGGAAACACCAACCCCACAGAUGUUGUCUUGGGAGUUUUCCCCAAACCCCUGAUAACUCGGUUUGUCCGGAUCAAACCUGCGUCCUGGGAAACUGGCAUAUCUAUGAGAUUUGAAGUUUAUGGCUGCAAGAUAACAGAUUACCCUUGCUCUGGAAUGCUGGGCAUGGUGUCUGGACUUAUUUCAGACUCCCAGAUUACAGCAUCCAACCAAGGAGACAGAAACUGGAUGCCAGAAAACAUCCGCCUGGUGACCAGUCGCUCUGGCUGGGCACUGCCACCCUCACCCCACCCGUACAUCAAUGAGUGGCUCCAAGUGGACUUGGGGGAUGAGAAGAUAGUGAGGGGUGUCAUCAUUCAGGGUGGGAAGCACCGAGAGAACAAGGUGUUCAUGAAGAAGUUCAAGAUCGCCUAUAGUAACAACGGCUCCGACUGGAAAACCAUCAUGGAUGACAGCAAGCGCAAGGCCAAGUCUUUCGAAGGCAACAACAACUAUGACACCCCCGAGCUGCGGACGUUCUCUCCUCUCUCCACGCGCUUCAUCAGGAUCUACCCUGAGAGAGCCACACACAGCGGGCUUGGCCUGAGGAUGGAGCUUCUGGGCUGUGAAGUGGAAGUGCCCACAGCUGGACCAACCACACCUAUUGGGAACCCAGUGGAUGAGUGUGACGAUGACCAGGCCAACUGCCACAGCGGCACAGGUGAUGACUUCCAGCUCACAGGAGGCACCACUGUCCUGGCCACAGAGAAGCCAACCAUUGUAGACAGCACCAUCCAACCAGAGUUCCCGACCUAUGGUUUUAACUGCGAGUUUGGCUGGGGCUCUCACAAGACCUUCUGCCACUGGGAACAUGACAGCCACGCACAGCUCAAGUGGAGCGUGCUGACCAGCAAGACGGGCCCCAUUCAGGACCAUACAGGAGAUGGCAACUUCAUCUAUUCCCAAGCUGAUGAAAAUCAGAAGGGCAAAGUGGCCCGUCUGGUGAGCCCCGUGGUCUACUCCCAGAGCUCUGCCCACUGCAUGACCUUCUGGUAUCACAUGUCCGGCUCUCAUGUCGGUACCCUGAGGGUCAAACUGCGCUACCAGAAGCCAGAGGAGUAUGAUCAGCUGGUCUGGAUGGUGGUCGGGCACCAAGGAGACCACUGGAAAGAAGGACGUGUCUUGCUGCACAAAUCUCUGAAACUGUAUCAGGUGAUCUUUGAAGGUGAAAUCGGGAAAGGAAACCUGGGUGGGAUCGCUGUGGAUGACAUCAGUAUUAACAACCACAUUUCUCAGGAGGACUGUGCAAAACCAACAGACCUAGAUAAAAAGAACACAGAAAUUAAAAUUGAUGAAACAGGGAGCACCCCAGGAUAUGAAGGGGAAGAUGAUAGCGACAAGAACAUCUCCAGGAAGCCAGGCAACGUGCUUAAGACCCUGGACCCCAUCCUCAUCACCAUCAUCGCCAUGAGUGCCCUGGGGGUACUCCUGGGUGCCGUCUGUGGAGUUGUUCUGUAUUGUGCCUGUUGGCACAAUGGGAUGUCGGAAAGAAACCUGUCUGCCCUGGAGAACUAUAACUUUGAACUUGUGGAUGGCGUGAAGUUGAAAAAAGACAAACUGAACCCACAGAGCAAUUACUCAGAGGCAUGAAGGCGCGGAGCUGGAGGGAGAACCGGAGGACUGAGGUGGGAGGACAGUGGAGGUGCGGGGACUCUGUUGCUCUGCUCUCACUGUAAGCUGGGAAGGGCGUCUGUGACGCCACGCCAGGCUUUUCUCAGGAGCUUCAAUGAGUGUCACCUACAGACGCAAGCAGGUGACUGGUAACAACCGGAAUCAUGUACAGCCCGCUUUCUUGGUUUCGUUUGGAUAAUCAGAAGCCAGUUAAGACCAAGUGUGACUGACUUCAUGGUUCAUCCACUUUGUCCCCUUUUUCCUCUCUCUCCUUACCCUGUGAUGGAUUCUUCUCGGAAACUGCAAAAUCCAAGAUGCUGGCACCAGGUGUUGUUCAGUGGGCCCUUUUGAUGGAUAUGUGACCUGUAGCCCAGUGCCCAGAGCAUAUCAGCAUAACCAUGUUUCAGGGGAUGCCAACAUCCACCUUUGCAUCGCUACCCACAGCGAGCACAAGGGGGGGAAAAGAAUUAGACUAUUUUGUCUGCAAAGUACUGUGGCCUCAGUCAGUACCCAUAUUGCGUGUCAGCUCUGUUUAACAAGCAAUACCGACAGAUUUUCUUGAUGUUUUACAGUGUUGUACCGAAUCUCGUGUUUGUGACCUCCAUUCAGAAUACCAUACCAUGCAGCCACCAAACUGCUGGCACCCAGGUGUCCCGCUGAUGACCACCACAAGUCUUCGGCACUGGCUAGUCUUCGUCCUCUCAAGUGCCUUUUUGUUUGUACUGGUUCCUUGUGUCCCGUGGAUGACCCACUCUGUUUCUGGUGAAAACCCUUCUCUUCAAUCAGACCUGGUGGCCCACUGACUAAGAAGAAAGUAUAUUUUAGUGUGCUACGCCGACCCCGGGAAGGCAAGGGCUCUGAAGACCUGGCAACGUGGCUUACUCAUUCUGCUUUUUUCUGAAGUUCAAUGUCAUGUCUCUUGACCCUUUGUAUAAAGCUGCAACGUUCUCUCUCACUGUUCUUUCCAAUGGAAUGUAUUUUCAGAUGUAAACUCUUGGCUUUUUCUCUCCUCCCUCCAUCCUUUCUUCCUCUCUUAGAAUCGAAGCAUUUGCCACUGUCCAGAAUGAACCUUGCAGCUUUAACCUGCUGGCGAUGGCGAACAAUUUUACUAGACUUUAUGUUUUAAGAUGAUUAAGUAAGGGGAAUUCCUAACUUUGUCCCCCAAAGUCUAACUUUGGGUUUCUUGUUAACUGGUUAAAGUGACAGUAUCUUUUUUCCUGCAGCCAUGUGCCCAUCCAUUCUGAUUAGAUUGAUAUUUGACAGGAAUAUUUUCGCCUCACGGAAGUCUUAAGUUGAAAGAGAAAAGAAUACAAACUGGCUUCCAGAUGAGACCCACAGGAAACACUGAAUAAAAUCCCCGAGUCUAAAAGGACACGACAAUUUUACAUCCAAAUAUACAAAAUGACCUGAGAACCUUCCAGUCUUGUUAUUGGGUCCGAGAAGGGGAGUGAAAAGAGCAUCUCAUUUAAGAAAUAAACAAUAAACCUGAUGUCUGAGGCAAAGCUAUUUUAAGACCAGGCAGAAGGGGUGCAUAAAAUCAAAACAACAGCCAUUCAGCAGAAACCCUGAAAAAAAAAUAAAUUUUAAUGAAUGCUUUUAGAAACUUCCAAUGGCUCAUAAAGAGAAAAGGCCUACCUUAGAGCUGGCAAGGCGUACCCCUCCACAGCACAAAGAGGUAGAUAUCUUAACCAAAAGCAGCUUCCAGCUGGUGGACUCUGUCUUGCUGAGCUGUAUGUAAGAACUCUGGACUCAACCUUUCGCGUGUGGCUACAGGUCUCAGUUAUGUUUCUUGGAGAUCAUGUUUGCUUCCUGGACGAAGGGUCCAUUCACCUUGGUUUAAUGGGAUUGCGAAUGUCUUUUUUCCAGGAAAGUAUUGAUCACUUUAAAAAAAAAAUGAAAAAGACUAUGUUUCCAUUCCCAGGGGCAUCUAGUCACUUGUUACAAUCAUACUGGGAGGAAAGCAUUAAGUGAGAGUUUGUUUCUAAGGCAACAGACUCGACCCCUGUCCUCAGCCAAGGAAAAAUGAUACUGCAACUUUAAAUUUUAAAGUACCUUGCACUGAUAAAUAUAUUUAAAAGUUAUAUGUUUAUAAAGUUAUUAAUUUGUAAAGGCAGUGUUACAAAAUGUUCAGUUUAUAUUGUUUUAGAUUGUUUCGUAAUUUUUAAAGGUGUAAAAUAACAUAUUUUUUCUUUAUUGAAAUCUAUAAGACUUUCUGUAGUAAGAUGUCUCAUUUUCUGGUAUAUUAUUGCUUCAUGUUUUGUACCCUCAUAAAAUUUUGUGCAAAUUUUUUUUACAGAAAUUUUUAUUUUCUAUGAUGAUAUGUAUGACACUUGUAAAUUGUUGUUUCAAAAUGAACAGCGAAGCCUUAACUUGAAAUGACAUUUGUAUUCUCUGAGUAGCAUAAAAAAACCACCUAGAAUGAACUGUAACUUAAGCUCCAAACUACACAUUCCAAAGAAGCAGUUGAAUUAAACAUUUUCAUAGAAAUCCCAAA